GGCAGCGCGGGAGGAGCGCGGAGCGGCAGCCGGUUCGGGCGGGUGGCAUCAUGGACGAGAAGGUGUUCACCAAGGAGCUGGACCAGUGGAUCGAGCAGCUGAACGAGUGCAAGCAGCUGUCCGAGUCCCAGGUCAAGAGCCUCUGCGAGAAGGCUAAAGAAAUCCUGACAAAAGAAUCCAAUGUGCAGGAGGUUCGAUGUCCAGUCACCGUCUGUGGAGAUGUACAUGGGCAAUUUCAUGAUCUCAUGGAACUGUUUAGAAUUGGUGGCAAAUCACCAGAUACAAACUACUUGUUUAUGGGAGAUUAUGUUGACAGAGGAUAUUAUUCAGUUGAAACAGUUACUCUGCUUGUAGCUCUUAAGGUUCGUUACCGUGAGCGCAUCACCAUUCUUCGAGGAAAUCAUGAGAGCAGACAGAUCACACAAGUAUAUGGUUUCUAUGAUGAGUGUUUAAGGAAAUACGGAAAUGCAAAUGUUUGGAAAUAUUUUACAGAUCUUUUUGACUAUCUUCCUCUCACUGCCUUGGUGGAUGGGCAGAUAUUCUGUCUACAUGGUGGCCUCUCACCAUCCAUAGAUACACUGGAUCACAUCAGAGCACUUGAUCGCCUACAAGAAGUUCCUCAUGAGGGUCCAAUGUGUGACUUGCUGUGGUCAGAUCCAGAUGAUCGUGGUGGUUGGGGUAUAUCUCCUCGAGGAGCUGGUUACACCUUUGGGCAAGACAUUUCUGAAACAUUUAAUCAUGCCAAUGGCCUCACAUUGGUGUCCAGAGCUCACCAGCUGGUGAUGGAGGGAUAUAACUGGUGCCACGACCGAAAUGUAGUAACGAUUUUCAGUGCUCCAAACUAUUGUUAUCGUUGUGGUAAUCAAGCUGCAAUCAUGGAACUUGAUGAUACUCUAAAAUACUCUUUCUUGCAAUUCGACCCAGCACCUCGCAGAGGCGAGCCACAUGUUACUCGUCGUACCCCAGACUACUUCCUGUAAUGAAAUUUUAAACUUGUACAGUAUUGCCAUGAACCAUAAAUUGACCUAAUGGAAAUGGGAAGAGCAACAGUAACUCCAAAGUGUCAGAGAAUAGUUAACAUUCAAAAAAAAAACUUGUUUUCACACGGACCAAAAGAUGUGCCAUAUAAAAAUACAAAGCCUCUUGUCAUCAACAGCCGUGACCACUUUAGAAUGAACCAGUUCAUUGCAUGCUGAAGCGACAUUGUUGGUCAAGAAACCAGUUUCUGGCAUAGCGCUAUUUGUAGUUACUUUUGCUUUCUCUGAGAGACUGCAGAUAAUAAGAUGUAAACAUUAACACCUCGUGAAUACAAUUUAACUUCCACUUAGCUAUAGCUUUACUCAGCAUGACUGUAGAUAAGGAUAGCUAAGGAUAGCAGCAAACAAUCAUUGGAGCUUAAUGAACAUUUUUAAAAAUAAGUACCAAGGCCUCCCCUCUACUCGUGAGUUUUGAAAUCGUUUUGUUUAUUUUCAGGGAUACCGUUUAAUUUAAUUGUAUGAUUUGUCUGCACUCAGUUUAUUUCCCUUCUCAAAUCUCAGCCUCAUGUUGUUCUUUGUUAUUGUCAGAACCUGGUGAGUUGUUUUGAACAGAACCGUUUUUCCCCCUCCUAUAAGACGAUGUUACUGCACAAGAGCACUGCAGUGUUUUUCAUAAUAAACUUGUGAACUAAGAACUGAGAAAGUCAAAUUUUAAUUGUAUUAAUGGGCAAGACUGGUGCUGUUUAUUUAAAAGAUACAUCAAUUGAUAAAUUUUAGAAUUUAUAGAAUUCUAGGUAAAGAAAAAUAAAAUCAAGGUCACUAUCUAAUCUCUCUGGCAACUCCUUGACAUUCUUCAGAAGAUUUUCAAGACUUAUUUGUAAUCCAGAUAGUACAAUUUGUCAGAGAGCCAGCGUGCUCUUUGUGGGGUUCUUCCUGCAUAUUACCUUGUCUGCAAGAAAGGAAAUCUGCAACUUCAGUAAGACUGGACUAUAAAACCAUAGAACUUGAGAUUUAAGUGUUUUGGUUUUUCUUUUAAUAAAACAUCAUGUUUUCAGGUAGAGCUUGAAAAACUAAUGUGUCUACUUCUCAGUCAGUGCAGUUUCUGGUUAUAAAUACCAUAUUGCUAUGUAUGUUAGAUGGACUCAAAAAAAUGAUGGACAGAUUUUGUAUAUUGCUUGUCAUGUUAUCUUAGAGUUAACUUUGUCUCCGAUAAAAAAAACUGUUAAAGUAUUGUCCUGUAUUAAGCUCUUUAAGUGCUACUAGUUAAACCAAAUAGAAAACUAUUGCUAGAUCAUGGUUUGGUGUAAUAUGCAUUCACCCAAGGACAAAAAUGGCAUUUGAAAUGAAGUGGCAGUGCUAAGCACUUACUGAGUUUCCUCUCACCCUUUUCUCCUUUGAAUAGGAUUAGAAAGUUAAAACAGUUCUUCUGUGGAAACUAAUAUUUGGUAAUCUUCAGCUAUCAGGGUAAACUUCAGGGCACUUAAUCAUUACUUGUGUGAAUGUAGUAAUAAAAGAUCCUUUGCUUUGUAUUGUGUUGAA